UAGAUGACAAUCUUAUGGCUUCGUUAAACAAAACACAGAGUUAUAUGGACCCGUUAAUUUUUCUUGUUUAUGGCUCUGAUCAUUGCUAACUUCAAUGUUUACAUUCAAUGAUCUUUUUUUGGAAGAGUGCCUCUGCCAUUAAACUCUGUCAGUUCAAGGAAAUUCAGUUCAGAAGAUAGGAAGGGAAUUAGUUAAAACGGAUACCAGAUUACUGUGAUAUAAUCAAUGGCCUCUGCCAGUGCUGUCACAGUGCAAUGUGGGUCGGCCUCGAUAAGGAGGAGAGGAUUGUCUCUAUCCUUUUCCAGCUCUGCCCACAUUAAUGGAGGCACCAAACUGUGGAUUCGUUUCCCAGGGCAACAUUCUUCAGUGAGCAGACAAUCAUUGCUAGUACUUGCCAUGGCACCCAGAAAGAAGGUGAAUACGUACGAUGACAACUGGAAGAAACAGUGGUUUGGGGCAGGGAUCUUUUUUGAAGAUGGUGAAACUGCAGAUGUAGAUAUUGUCAAAAAGUUGGAGAAGAAGAAGGUCUUAAGUGGAGUUGAAAAAGCAGGAUUGCUUUCAAAGGCAGAGGAAUUAGGCUUCACCCUCUCCACAAUUGAAAAAAUGGGUCUUUUGUCAAAAGCAGAAGAACUUGGCCUGCUGAGCCUAGCUGAGAAAGUUGCUUCUACAUCACCCGCUGCAAUUGCAUCUGUGUCAUUACCACUAUUUGUGGCUGCCAUUUCCACUAUUGUUCUGAUUCCAGAUGAUACUCAAGGACUUGUAAUAGCUCAGAAUGUUCUAGCAGCCAUCCUUGCAACCUCUGCAGUUGGCCUAUUUGGUGCUUCCAUUGUACUUAGUGGCUUACAAGAAUCUGAAUAAGAUUUCUCAUUCACAUUCCAAUGUUCAAAUUUUUCCCAGUGCAUUAAACACGAAAUUUUGAUUCUGUUGAUCCUUUACUGUAUAAAUUUCUCAAUGAUUUGACUUAUUCAAGUUUGAAUGUUUUCUUUCUGGACAA